AUGGAGGUCGGCGAGGGGUGGCGGGGGUCGGGCCGGGAGAAGCGCAACGGGGCCUAUCCGCAGGCGGGGAACGACGAAGCCGUGUCUCCUUACCAGCGAUUGAGUGAACGGAUGCAGGACAUCACUGGCGAUGGAGGAGUGUUGAAGGAGGUUAUCCAUGCUGGGCUUGGCGAAGUAGUGCCCCCCGAUGCUUCAGUACUAGUGAAAUUUUCGGGGUAUUUGGAGCACAUGGACCAACCCUUUGACACAAACUGCUUCAAAAGAAAUCUAAGACUCAUGAAAGUUGGCGAAGAUAUCACAUUGCGAGGUAUGGCGGUUGGGCUUCUGACAAUGAAGAGAGGGGAGAUGGCGCGGUUCCUUUUCAAGCCAGAUUAUGCCUUCGGAAUGGCUGGCUGCCCGCCCUUGAUCCCUCCCAAAGCCACAGUCUUGUUUGAGAUUGAACUUUUGGAUUUCUUAGACACCGCAAAAUCUGACGAAUUCUUUGAGCUGGCUCCGGAGCAACAGAAGAGGUUCCCUCUGGAGAAAGUGCUGAAGGUGGCAGAAACAGAGCGGGAGUUUGGCAAUUACCUCUUCCGACAGAAGCACUUCAUGGAUGCCAGAGAAAGAUACAAGCGUGCUUCCUCGGUCUUGCAUCGUGUGGCUGCCAAGGAGGACGAACAAGUCAAAGUAGAUUCUGCCAAGCUGCUAGUCCUUUUGAACUUGUCCAUUACUUAUCUGAAGCUGCAGCAUCCCGCUCGGGCACUUUCCUAUGGAGAAAGGGCUUUGGAGCUAGAUCAGAAAAAUGCCAAAGCCCUCUUCAGGUGUGGACAGGCGUGCCUUUCUCUGGCAGAGUACGAGAGAGCUCGGGAUUUUCUCAUCCGGGCGCAGAAAGAGCAGCCCUUUAACCAUGACAUCAACAACGAACUGAAGAAGUUGGCCAGCUGUUACAGAGAAUUCAAGGACAAGGAGAAGGAGAUGUGCACCAGGAUGUUCAGCUCUCUUUCAGCAGGAGAAGAAUUAAAGGUGGGAGCCCAGAGAACAGGGAUUCAGAAGAGGAUCUUAACUGGUGGGCUGGACAAAUUGGAUGUCCUUGAGCAUGGGAAGAGUGACCUCCAGUCAACCGCCUGGGAAGAGCAGGAACUGCAAGAAUAUGGUGCUUCCUACUAUCCUAAAGAAUCUACUGAAAUGAUUCAGAGGUGCCCAGAAAGUGUCGUUUCCAUUGCCGGACAUGGUCAGUCAGCCAGCUGUUCCAAGAUACGGACCAUGAUGAAGCUGGCGGGCAGGAAGAUCUGA